CCACAGGUUGUCUGUUGAAGUCUGCAGUGGCCAUCGUCGUGCGACAUGGCCCUCAUCGCUAAUCCUAUAACUUCAACAAGCUAAACGAAUCUAGGCCUUGUGCAUAACCCUCCGCGAGUUACCUAACGUAACAUUCUCAUCUUGGCAGCCUCGGACAGGAAAGUGGCGCUAUCAUGGCAGCGUCACAAGUCAUCUCGGUCGCUUUGCUUUGUCUUUGUAUGCUUCCAUCCUCGUUGGGCCUGGCGCUCGUCGUCAAUGUUGGAGCGACGGUUGGGCGUGAUGGUCCUUGCGCGCCCCUGUUCAAUCAGACCGUCUUAGGGUAUCGGUACUUUUUUAACCAGCUUGAAAGGCAGCCGGUCAUGCUGCUAAAUGACGCAAGCGGCCAUCAGGUUACUAUACAGCUAAGGCUCUGGCUGGCCUCGCACGACUGCACUGAAUCGGGUGCCGCCUCAGCCAUGCAAUCACUGAUCAACGGCAUGCCACCCGAUUCCAAAACUGGUGCGCCUGGAAACCCGCCUGUCCACGUGCUCUUGGGCGGCAAUAGCAUCAACGCCCUUCAAGACGGUAUACAGGCCAACACCGCGUCCCGCCUGCUGCUGCAUUGCUGUACGGCAGAUGACUUCGUAUACAAGCGCGGCCUGCCGUACGUGUUUGGCCUCCUUACUCCUUCCAGCACGUACUUACCGCCGGUGCUCCGAACCAUGGCGCUUCGUGGCAUCAAGCGAAUCGCGGUUGUUUUCCCCGGUGAACUGGCAACGCACGCACAGCUUUGUCUGGGAGCACUCCAGCAGCUGACACAGCUUGGUGGGGUGAAGCCCGGCUUUGGAAGUGUGGUCGUGCUAAACUACACAGCAGCUGAGGUGGAGGCUAAGGGAUUCUGGCAAGCCGCAGGUAACCAAGUUGCACGUGUAAAUGCCGACGCGCUGAUAGCCUGCGACCAGCCAGAUCACACUUCCCAACUGCUACGGGCCCUUAACACCUUGGACCAUCACCUCUCCUCCGUCUGGCUAUUCGCCGGUGAUCACACCCACGACCUCCCAACCCUGCUGGGCAGCAAUGCUGAGUACGCCCUAACCACCGUCCAGUGGUUGCCUGAUCUGCCGUACUCCGAUCCCUUUUUCGGCACUGCAGCCGAUUAUGCAGCCGCAUUCCUGAACGCGACAGGCCAGGAAGCGACCCAUGUCAGUGCUGCUGCCUCCGCAAGCGGUUACGUGCUGCUGUCAGCGUUAAAACGCGUUAUAUCCAGCUGCGAUGUUAGUCGAAUCUUGCAGAGCAAUGCCACCGACAGCCUAUUGUGGGACGAAGGCGUGCUGACCUGCCAAGACGCAAGCAGUGGUAACAGGGGUGCGGCAAACACAAGCGGUGACGAAGCUUUGAGGCAGGAGCUGAGUAUGAUUGAAGCGGACACGUUCUUCGGACACGUUGGUUUCAGCGGUUACCGUGAAAACAUUAACCAUCCGCCUAUUGUAGCUCAGCGGGCCAAGUGAACUUGACGGUUCAAUACGGCAAGUCCCAGCAACUCACCUCAAGUGUAAUGUACAACCUGAAGGCAACUUGCCUAUCCUUCCAGGUCAACUUAACGGGUGUUGACGCAAGUGGUUGCAACCAGCAGGUCAUCAAUGCAACCGUGUCUUACACCAUCCAGCGCUAUGAACUUGCAUCAGUAGCGGUUCUAGGCGUAGUUUGUAAUAGCACAUCACAAUUAUUUGGAGGGCACGUAGCUGUCUCACUGGUAGGUCCCGAAUCACCGCGACCACCAUCUCCUGAACCCUUGCCUCCCAGCCCAACGCCCCCACCUCCUUCACCACCUAGCCCCCCGCCACAGCCUCCAUCACCUCCCUCGCUUCCCUCACCUCCUACACCACCUAGCCCCCCUCCACAGCCUCCAUCACCUCCCUCGCCUCCACCACCUCCUACACCACCUGGCUCCCCACCACAGCCUCCAUCACCUCCCUCGCCUCCCCCACCUCCUACACCACCUAGCCCCCCACCACAGCCUCCAUCACCUCCCUCGCCUCCACCACCUCCUACACCACCUAGCCCCCCUCCACAGCCUCCAUCGCCGCCCUCGCCUCCACCACCUCCUACACCACCUGGCUCCCCACCACAGCCUCCAUCGCCGCCCUCGCCUCCACCACUUCCUACACCACCUGGCUCCCCACCACAGCCUCCAUCGCCGCCCUCGCCUCCACCACCACCUACACCACCUAGCCCCCCACCACAGCCUCCAUCACCUCCCUCGCCUCCACCACCUCCUUCACCACCUAGCCCCCCUCCACAGCCUCCAUCACCUCCCUCGCCUCCACCACCUCCUUCACCACCUAGCCCCCCUCCACAGCCUCCAUCACCUCCCUCGCCUCCCCCACCUCCUUCACCACCUAGCCCCACACCACAGCCUCCAUCACCUCCCUCGCCUCCACCACCUCCUUCACCACCUAGCCCCCCUCCACAGCCUCCAUCACCUCCCUCGCCUCCCCCACCUCCUACACCACCUGGCUCCCCACCACAGCCUCCAUCGCCGCCCUCGCCUCCCCCACCUCCUACACCACCUAGCCCCCCUCCACAGCCUCCAUCGCCGCCCUCGCCUCCCCCACCUCCUACAUCACCUAGCCCCCCACCACAGCCUCCAUCACCUCCCUCGCCUCCACCACCUCCUUCACCACCUAGCCCCCCACCACAGCUUCCAUCACCUCCCUCGCCUCCACCACCUCCUUCACCACCUAGCCCCCCUCCACAGCCUCCAUCACCUCCCUCGCCUCCACCACCUCCUUCACCACCUAGCCCCACACCACAGCUUCCAUCACCUCCCUCGCCUCCACCACCUCCUUCACCACCUACCCCCCCUCCACAGCCUCCAUCACCUCCCUCGCCUCCACCACCUCCUUCACCACCUAGCCCCCCUCCACAGCCUCCAUCACCUCCCUCGCCUCCCCCACCUCCUACACCACCUAGCCCCCCGCCACAGCCUCCAUCACCUCCCUCGCCUCCCCCACCUCCUUCACCACCUAGCCCUUCUCCACAGCCUCCAUCACCUCCCUCGCUUCCCCCACCUCCUACACCACCUAGCCCCCCUCCACAGCCUCCAUCGCCGCCCUCGCCUCCACCACCUCCUACACCACCUGGCUCCCCACCACAGCCUCCAUCGCCGCCCUCGCCUCCACCACCUCCUACACCACCUGGCUCCCCACCACAGCCUCCAUCGCCGCCCUCGCCUCCACCACCACCUACACCACCUAGCCCCCCACCACAGCCUCCAUCACCUCCCUCGCCUCCCCCACCUCCUUCACCACCUAGCCCCCCUCCACAGCCUCCAUCACCUCCCUCGCCUCCCCCACCUCCUUCACCACCUAGCCCCCCUCCACAGCCUCCAUCACCUCCCUCGCCUCCCCCACCUCCUUCACCACCUAGCCCCCCUCCACAGCCUCCAUCACCUCCCUCGCCUCCCCCACCUCCUUCACCACCUAGCCCCCCUCCACAGCCUCCAUCGCCGCCCUCGCCUCCACCACCUCCUACACCACCUGGCUCCCCACCACAGCCUCCAUCACCUCCCUCGCCUCCACCACCUCCUUCACCACCUAGCCCCCCUCCACAGCCUCCAUCACCUCCCUCGCCUCCCCCACCUCCUUCACCACCUAGCCCCCCUCCACAGCCUCCAUCACCUCCCUCGCCUCCACCACCUCCUUCACCACCUAGCCCCCCUCCACAGCCUCCAUCACCUCCCUCGCCUCCCCCACCUCCUUCACCACCAAGCCCCACACCACAGCCUCCAUCGCCGCCCUCGCCUCCACCACCUCCUUCACCACCUAGCCCCCCACCACAGCCUCCAUCGCCGCCCUCGCCUCCCUCACCUCCUUCACCACCUAGCCCCCCGCCACAGCCUCCAUCAUCUCUCUCGCCGCCCCCAUCUCCUACACCACCUAACCCUCCUCCACAGCAUCCAUCGCCGCCCUCGCCUCCACCACCUCCUACACCACCUGGCUCCCCACCACAGCCUCCAUCAUCUCUCUCGCCUCCCUCACCUUCUUUAUCACCUAGCCCCCCUCCACAGCCUCCCUCACCUCCCUCGCCUCCCCCACCUCCUUCACCACCUAGCCCCCCGCCACAGCCUCCAUCAUCUCUCUCGCCGCCCCCAUCUCCUACACCACCUAACCCUCCUCCACAGCCUCCAUCACCUCCCUCGCCUCCACCACCUCCUUCACCACCUAGCCCCCCUCCACAGCCUCCAUCGCCGCCCUCGCCUCCACCACCUCCUGCCCAGCCUAGCCGCCCACCACAGCUUCCAACGUUGCCCUCGCCAGGCCCCCCAUCACUUCCUCCAAUGAUCGUCUCUUCUGUCUCACUGCCUAGCCCCCCACCACAGCCUUUGUCAUUUCCCUCUCCUCCUUCAACACCUAGCCCUAAACCACAGCCGCCGACAGGCCCUUCGCCUUCAUUGCUUUCUUCAUCACCGUCACCCGGCUACAGUGUAGCAGAUCAGGAAUCCAUCUCCUCCCGUGCACGCAUGCCCGACAUUCCCUCCGCCACAGCAGCCUCUACAGACCAGCAGCCCGGGACGGCUGCUGGUGCUGGAGCAGCAGGGCUGCUUGCUCCUCCUCCAGCCCCACCAGCAGAACCCAACCAAGCGCUUCCACCCUGGAUAUGGCUGCUCGUGGCCCUUGGAGCCUUGCUGCUUCUAACGGGCUGCAUUGUUCUGGGGCGUGUGACGCGACGCACCGUCACCCGGACACAAUUUCACAAUGACCGUGCCGACACAGACGCACAGGUUCGUGUCGCCAUGGGUUCAGGCAACUCGGUCGUGGGUCUCCCCGCGCAUGACCCGACCGACCGAGAAGUCAUGCUUAAGGCAGCUGCGGACGAAGUCGCGGCCUCGAUAGCUCCGGCCCACAGCAACCUCCGGAGUGGUGAUAAUGGUGUACGGGAGCAAGACGUCAGCAUCUUGUUCAACACAACAGACUCCUUCACUAACAUGAGCGCCAUGCAAGGUGGUUCGGCUGCAGCAGCAGCAGCAGCCAGCGGCGGCCGGCUCCUGCUGACCAGCAGUCGGUACAGCAACCGCAGCAGCCAGCUGUGGAGCACCGCGGCCGGGGCAAACGAGGCGCUGUUUUCCGGCAUGGCUACCCGUCAGAACAGUGUGCCUGUGUUGGUGGGAGGCGACUUGCUUGUCACCGCACCUAACCUCAGAGAGCCGCUCACUGCAGUGCCCGGCUAGCCUGUGAGGGCGGUGUUGUUGGUGCUGGCAGCGCUGGUGGCGAUGCAGCAAUACGACGCGGGUCUUACAGCCUAAGUAAGUCUCAGACGGCUCGUGGGGAGGGACAGCUUGGGACAGCAAUUGCUGAACGCGCCGCACGGGCGGCUAGCUACACGUCUGGAGCGUUGCCCUUCUAUCGACGCCCACACGACCUGAGCAAGUGGAAAGUGGAGGGCAGCAGCUGUUCUGCUACUGAAGCUAGGCGCGGAGGUUCCCUGCUGCUAAGCAGCUCCAAGGCGGCUUUCAUGAGGCUGCGGCAGGAGCUUCACAGUGGUGGCGGGCGCGUGCAACCCUACAGCAACGGCGUGCAGCAGCAUGACGACACAACACACGCAAAUGAUGCUCCUCUGCCUCAGCAAUCACAGCAGCCGCAGCCAGCCUCAUUGGCCGACCCAGCAGUCCUUAGGCCGCCCACAGCCGAGAUACAUCAGCAUGAAACUGAUAGCGGCGGCGCAUGGGAGGCAGCAGGUAGUGGAACGGACACAGGCAGCAGCAGCAUCCGGCGCUGGGCUAGUCAGCGUGUGCAUCCACCCAUGGCUCGAAGCAGUUCUAGCAAGUUGUCCGUUGAACAAUUACCGGUGCAGGAAGUCGGAGGCCCCUUUGCCAGCAGUGGCGCAGUACUACUGGGCUCCAGUCGUACCGGUAGUGCAAAAGUAGCCAUGCAACGUGAACCCAGCGGUUCCCUCCGCCGGACGACGCCCACCGCUGGUUUUGCAGCCGACUCGCCGGUGCAGACCAGCAGCAACCUUCAAAACCAGCUGGGCAUGGCUGCUGCUGCUGCUGCUGGGCCAGACGGCGGCUAUGCGAGUAGCACCGUCCCAGGAAACAGUAGAAGUGUUAUCAACAUCACCAGAAGCGGCCCUGAUGGUUUAUUCAUCAGCUCAUCCCAGCAGCAACAGCAGCAGCCACCGGUGGUGCGCCGCUCUUGGUUGUCACCACACCACUCCGCAAGGACCUUUGGAAACCAUGACCGCUUUGGCACUUCUAAUAAUGAUCUGAAUCCUCCCGAAUUCGUGCUGCCGGGGAUAUCAGCAGCAGCUCGGGAAUACAGUGCAGGUGGUGGCAGAUCUACCACUACUGUUCCCGACACGAAUAUUGAUAUACCUACUGGCGUUAACCCAGGGACGCAGACGACUUCUUUCAAGGCACCACCAAGUCCAAAUCAGGCUAAUGGAGAUGUGAUGCCCCGUGGGGCUGCCCCAAGCAGCAGCGGUGCGGACUACAUUACAGGGCCCAGCGUCUUCGCACGUGCCAGCCUUUUACUGCGUGACCUGAUACUGGGCUCCGAAGCCCCAGAAACCGACACUACUACCAGCAGCAGUAGCACUACUCCUGCAGUCCCACCUCCAAGACCGCAGCAGCCGGCUGGCGAUAAUCAUUAACGCAUCGGGGAACAACACAGGCCUCCUUCCAGGAACGUUGCCAAUGUGGCCUCUGUUACAUAAAGCGGUUACCGUGAUAAUGGUGAUGGUGGUAACAGUGCUGAUGGUAAUGGGGGCGUCAACUACUGUUGAUGAACCGAGGUGGCGCGCAAGAGCCACCUUUAGGUUCCUAAGCCACUCCAACCUCGGCGAACGUAACAUGGCUGCUGCUACGGCAUGGGCCAUAGAGAAUCAGCAGCCCAUGGCCGGCGGUGCGAGGAUGGAUGCCUGGCCGGCGACUGGAACAAAUGAGUCUAACAGUCUCCGGCUAGACCAGCAGACACCCGCGCUAGACGUGACGGGCUUCACGCCGAUACCCGAGUCUGCGGGCGAGCCCGGGUAGCAGCAGCAGCUGGUGGGCACCUCACACUUUCGCUGAGCUGGGGUCUAUGGAAACGAACGCCUACAUGAAGCUUUGAUCCAGCAUGUUCAGCAUGCAGGGCUGCAGGAGGCUGACCUUCUGCGCUUACGUACAGCGGCAUGGGAGCGGCUAUUGCAGCAGCGCAUUCGUAAGGGCAUCCGCAUGGGAAGAGCGCUUGACAAGCGGUCACGUGAAAGGGUGAUUGGGAUAUAUGAUUGGUGGGAGUGGCAGCACGAAUUGACAAAUGCAGUGCACCACAACACAGCAUUGCACCACCAUGCCUGGUUGCCAAUGCUUGUUAAGUGCACGUAGCCUUCAUUCCCUGGCGAUCACUCGUGGACAUGUUGUAAGAUGAUGACUGGUUUGGUUGUAUUGUCGAAGGGUUUCGAAGGCUCCAGUUUGGUUUCGGUUUGACUGCAAUGUCGGCUUCCGUUUCAACCUGCCCUUGAUCGUAAUGCCAUUCACCAAGAAACUGGCAUAACAUCCAUUUAUAUGCUGACUUGAGUCAUAAUGACCCCCGUUACGUCAUUGUACAUCACAGCCCGUACAUGAACAGCGGCGGGACGAAAAGUUGCUGUACCCGUAAUACCUUGAGAGGUUUGGUUCGAAGAAAUGAAUUGUUAUGUUACGACUCGUGGAUUACCUGUUUACUGACAGGUAUUUGUGCGUCUCCACGCACCUGUCAUGAUUUGAUCAUACAUUGCGUAACGGUUAAAGUUGUUUUCUCAUGACUGGGAAAUCUUGUCCUAACGGCGUUUUGCAUUGUUGCCGGUUAGGCUGUCAAUGCGGUUAGGCUUGGAAUGCGCUGGUCGUACCGAGUAUGCUUGAAUGUUAUGCUGCAACCCGAUAGGUGAAUUUGCUUUUACAGCCGUGGACUUGUUCUCGACAGUAUGUGACCCGUGGGUCAGUUUCCCUCCGAAACCCUGUACGGGAAAUCAUACGUAGGUUUCGGGAGGCCCCUGGAAGUUUCUUUAUUAUGUUGACAAUUUAUGGUAGAUGCCAUACCAGGUUAUGGCAGGCCUUUCCGUACAAAUGUCGUGCUUUCCAUUGGUAAAGAAGGCGGAGUGUUGUGCUAUGUUGAUUGACCAAACCAAGUCCUAACCCUGUUAAGAUAGGCAGAUGGUUCAGGAGAAUGCUUCAACAUCAGCAGUACGUCCAUGAGGGAGGAUUCCCUGACCUACCCUCUUUUCCCCUCCCAAGGCUCAGUCUGGGACCAUCUGGGCUGGCUGGUUUGGGGAACCGCUCGUACGUUUAUCUGCAACCUUAUUGUCCGUGUGUACUACGGCAAUGUACCCUCAGGUACCCAUGUCUCACGCUCUUAACUGGCUUCCUUAACUGUAACAGCAACUGUAACCAAUGUUACCAGCAACUGUAACCAAUGUAACGGUCACCCAUUGAACCCACCUACACUGCAAGAGCAGGGAGCACCUGUGGGUUUGUUAGUGUUAAUGAGCC